GAGCCGCGGUCCACUCAUUCAAGAGGCCAUGGGUCAAUCAAAUACUGGCGUGUCCCAAUUUAAUUAUUCACAAAUAAAUUAUCACAUUUUAAGAAAGUACAAUUAUAACCACAUACAGUGGCGAAGGGUCCAUACAUGUAAUAAGAUUUAUCAUCAUUAAUUUGUAAAGGAACAUAAGCAUUUCUCUAACGAGAAGAUGGGGUAUUUAAAGAUUAAAAUGAUUAAAAUAAUGGUCUGUGAAUGUAUGUUGGUUUUUGUCAUACAACACACCACAUUACGUCGCUGCCAAUGCCACCACAGCCCCACAGCCAUCAUCACACGGCAGAUGCGUGACCGCGCUUCCGUCUCACCCAGCAUGCCCUCACGCCGCAAUGCUAGAAAGAGAGAGGCGAGCUAGUCGCUCGGUUGUUUCCGUGUGUCGUCGGGCGCCCGACGCUGUCGGGCCUACCGCGUCGCGCGUCGGUCGUGUCGUGUCAGUCGGGUGGCGUCGGCCGAACCAUUGCUGUCGUGGAACCACAUCGUACCGUGUUAUUAAAUAAAUAAAUAUGAAAACGGAGAAAGAAGCCAUCACUGAAUUCUUAGAGGCCUACAAAUGUUUGCCCUGCCUGUGGGACCAGUCUGAUCCUCUGUACAAGAAGAGGGCGGCCAAAAUACAAGCCUACAAGAUUUUACUGGCAAAAUACACAGAAAUAGACAAGAAUGCUACAAUACAGACAGUGCGAAAGAAGAUUGAAAAUUUUAGAACUGCGUAUAAACGUGAAUUCAAAAAGAUUCGUGCCUUCGCGGCACACGGUAACGUGCAUAUACCACAACUAUGGUAUUAUAAUUUACUAACUUUUUUAGACGAGCCCAAGGACGAGCCUGGCCCAUCUUCUAAUACUUAUUACAUUAGAGAAAUGUCGAUGGAGUCAUCAAGCGACAGCAACGAAGAUCAAGAGGACAAUGAUUCUAAAUCAUUACUGGCUCAGAUGUUGAUGAAAAAUGAUUCACAAGAACACGAUAAACAGAAUUCUAGUGACGACGAUUUAAAGCCAGUUUAUAUUAUGGAUGAAGAUGAGCCGGAAGACAAUAGAGAAUCGUUGAACAUAGAGGAAAAAGAGAUUGCCAUUAGAACAGAAGAUAAUGGGGAAUCGGAAGCGUUUGGAAAAUCUAUCGGUCUACAAUUGAAACAUUUGGACAGUAUGCAAAGGAAUAUUGCAGAAAAACUCAUCUCCGAAAUUAUUUUCUAUGGUAGACUCGCAAAACUAAAGGUAGAUUCUACUAUUAACAUUUGAAUUUAAUUUGACUAACUACAUCGUACAGUUUGUGAAUUUUAUAUUAAAAACCACAAUAAAUACUAAAUAUAGUUGUUGUAUUAUUUGAUUCCUAAAAGUAGAACUAUUUUUUUCAUAAGAAGAAAAAUACUUUAUAAAUUUUGAAAAUGUUGUUUAUUAUUAUGAACAAAGAUUAAGGUAGAUUGAGGCCUAAUUCUGAGUGCGCGCGCAAUCUUAGCUUCUAGCAGCCGGCCGCUUGGCUGCGCGCAUUCUACCAGGGCAACAUAGAUGCCCAGCAACUCAAUUCAACGCUACCGGCAUGGCCAGUGUAGCUUGAGCUCCCUCGCCCCAUCGCGCCAACGCUAUUCAUACCGAUGACACAGAACCAAAUUGCAGCGAUGGAGUUCAGCUUAUUUAGGUAUGCCAGCUUUAUAUUACUGAGGGAGAAUUCCGUUGCUAGGUGAGUAGUGGGGAUUUUCUGCCAUAUUGGGUUAUUGCCGAUUUCGAAUUGCAUAGGUUAAAAAUUUAUUAACUCUAACUUUCAAACCAAAUUCGCAAAUUCCUGAAUAUUAAACGAAAUUAACAAAGCAUUUGACUUGAAAGGUUGAAAUAAC